GCUGGAUGCAUAGACUUUGCCCCUUUAAGGCAAUACGGACGGUUUGUACAGCAUCUGCUCCAGUGCUGUAUUCCAGGGCUCAGCUUUUCUGCAAGUCAGCUGCUCUGUCUCAGUUGCCCUGGUGCUUCCAGAUCUUGAUAAAUAAAAAGGAGACUGCCCUCUGCCUCUUCGCCCGGUCUCGCCGCACGCCGCUCUCUCGGAGGUUCAGCAUCUCUUCAUCGUCUCCCUUCAGCGUAUCUCUCCCGGACUUUGCCAGGGACACGCCGGGCAUGGCGGAGCAGAGGUAUUGCGUGGAGUACGCCAAACGUGGCACGGCGGGGUGCAAAAAAUGCAAGGACAAGAUCAUGAAAGGGUUGGUCCGCAUCGGCAAGAUCGUGCCCAACCCUUUCAGCGAGUCCGCCGGCGAGAUGAAGGAGUGGUACCACGUCAAGUGCAUCUUCGAGAAGCUGGAACGGGCUCGGGCCACCACGAAGAAGAUCGAGGACAUCACGGAUCUGGAGGGUUGGGAGGAGCUGCAAGACGAAGACAAAGAGCUUAUCAACAAACACGUCACGGAACUAGCUGCCAAAACGAACGCAAGCCCAAAAAAGAAGGUACAAGCCAAGCUAAACACCAGCGGUCAGCUAACAGCACCACCUGCUGAUCCGUCCGUCAAUGCUCCUCGCAAGUUCUCCGGCUUCACAGCUGCCAAGGCGGGGACGUCCACCAGCCCAGCCGCAUCUCCGGCCAAAACCGGGCAGGGCAGCGCCCUGUCGGCCAAGCUCUGCGACCCCAGCAGUAAAGACUGUCUCCUUCGCGAGUUCAGAAAGCUGUGCGCCAUGGUGGCCGAGAAGUCCAGCUACAACGCCAAAACUCAAAUUAUUCAAGACUUUUUAAAGAAAGGCUCUGGAGGAGAUGCAUUUAAGGGAGACCUGUAUCUGACAGUGAAGCUGCUGCUUCCAGGAGUUGUUAAGAGUGUGUACAACCUCAAUGAUAAACAGAUAGUGAAACUCUUCAGCCGCAUCUUCAACUGCAACCAAGACGAGAUGGUGCGAGAUUUGGAGCAGGGUGAUGUGUCUGAAACGGUGAGGAUGUUCUUUGAAGCGAGCAAGUCUUUUCCCCCAGCAUCCAAGAGCCUUCUAACCAUCCAGGAGGUGGACGCUUCACUGACUCGGCUGUCUCAGCUCACUAAGGAAGAUGACCAGCAGGCAGAACUGCAGGACAUUGCCAAGAAAUGCACUGGAAACGACCUGAAGUGCAUCGUUCGACUCAUCAAGCAUGAUCUGAAAAUAAACUCAGGGGCGAAACACGUCCUAGACGCUGUGGAUCCAAACGCCUACGACGCCUUUAAAGCUUCCCGUAACCUUGGCGACGUGAUUGACAGGGUGCUGCGGAACCAGCAGGACGCAUCUAAUGGUGUGGGACCCAGGAAGAGCCUUAGUGUUGAGGCCACCCUCAUGACCCCUGUGCAGCCCAUGCUGGCGGAGGCGUGCAAAUCCAUCGAGUACGCCAUGAAGAAGUGUCCCAACGGGAUGUACUCGGAGAUCAAGUACGACGGGGAGCGCGUGCAGGUCCACAAAAACGGAGAUCACUUCAGCUACUUCAGCCGCAGCCUCAAACCGGUGCUCCCUCACAAGGUGGCCCAUUUUAAAGAGUAUAUACCCAAGGCCUUUGCUGGGGGAGACAGUAUGAUUCUGGACGCUGAGGUCCUCCUCAUCGAUACAAAGACCAGUAAACCGCUGCCGUUUGGAACUCUGGGAGUGCAUAAGAAAGCGGCCUUUCAAGACGCCAACGUGUGCCUGUUUGUAUUCGACUGCAUUUACUUCAAUGGCGUUAGCCUCAUGGACAAACCACUUUGUGAGAGGAGAAAAUUUCUCCACGACAACAUGGUGGAGGUCCCUAAUAGGAUAUUGUUCUCAGAGAUGAAGCAUGUAACUAGAGCGGCAGACCUUGCUGAGAUGAUCACACGCGUGAUCAGAGAGGGCCUGGAGGGCCUGGUUCUAAAGGAUGUUAAGGGAACGUAUGAACCGGGGAAACGGCACUGGCUGAAGGUGAAGAAGGAUUAUCUAAAUGAAGGAGCAAUGGCUGACACUGCUGAUCUGGUUGUUUUAGGGGCUUUCUAUGGCUCUGGAUCAAAAGGUGGGAUAAUGUCCAGUUUUCUGAUGGGUUGCUAUGACCCUGACUCGAAGAAGUGGUGCACCGUGACUAAAUGCUCCGGGGGGUACGAUGACGCGACCUUGGCCAGACUACAGAAGGAACUGGACAUGAUUAAAAUCAGCAAGGAGCCUAGCAAGAUACCAGGAUGGAUAAAGAUCAUCAAAAACUACUACCCAGAUUUCAUAAUCAGAGACCCAGAGAAAGCUCCGGUCUGGGAGAUCACGGGAGCCGAGUUUUCCAAGUCCGAGAUGCACACGGCCGACGGCAUUUCGAUCCGCUUCCCGCGCUGCACGCGCAUCCGCGACGACAAAGACUGGAAGACCGCCACUAACCUUCAUCAGCUAAAGGAGCUUUAUCGCAUCUCUAAGGAGAGGUCUGAUUUUGAGAUAACAGCAGGUCAGUCCAAAGGCAACAAAGAUGACAAGAGCUCCUCAGGAGGAGACAGCGGAGGCAGCUCUCCUUCCACGUCGCACGGAGCAGCCACCUCCUCCAGCAAGAACAGUGAUCAUUCCCCAAAACCAAAACCCGUGAAAUCAGAACCUCAGUCUCCUGCUCCUGCGGCCAAGAGGAAGCUGCCCGCUGAGGAUCACAGCAGAAAGAAGAUCAAAAAGACAGAAACCGUUCACAGCAACGGACAAAGCAAACAGAAGACACCCUCUCCUCAAAAAACAGAGCCAAAGCCUGAAAAGACCCUGUUAGACAUCUUCAGCGGAGUGAAGCUGUUCCUCCCCGAGUCGACGCAGGACUUCCAGAGACUGCGGAGGUACUUUGUGGCUUACGACGGGGAUUUAGUGCCCGAGUACAACGCCACCGCGGCCACGCACACGCUGGCCGAGCCCGACGAGGAGAGCCAGGCUCAAAAGGUCACCUCCAACUGGAUCUGGGAGUGCAUUCGCAAGAGACGAGUGGUCCCGCCCUGCUGAUUCUGACAAAUGACCUUUUGACCACUCCAGCUUUUUUUCCUACACACACACACAAAUACACACAAAAAAAAAGUGCCCUUCAGAAAAACUGCGUGCUGUCCUCGUCAAUAACAACAGUAAUGCUUCGGUUUCAGAGUAAUAAGCUGGACUAUACGUUUUGUCAUUUAAAAAGGAAGAAAACCUGCUUCUCCAGACAUGCAGUAUUUUUACUUGCUUUACCUUACAUUGGGUAUUGGCCAUUUACACAGGACACCACAACCUUAGCUUUAAUGUUUUGUUUGUUUUUGUUUGUUUUAUUUUUUCUGGAUGUAAAUAGGAAACCGGUCAUGUUUUCCUCCAUUUACAGUCAUUUAUCUGAUUUUAAGUCAGUUCUUCUCUUCACUUGAGCUCAGCGCUUCUUUCAUUGGUGAGAGUGUAUCAUCACAGCCGAGUAUCUGUCACGUCUUCCAAUCACGUUUAGGCCGAAAAACACAGACGCAAACAACAUGGUCACGAGACGCGUCUCCCUUUGUCCAGAGCCUUGGAAUGAGUUUCAUAUCAUGGUAUAAAGAAACGUCAUAAGUACCAACUCAGGAUUUAUCAAAAGAACUAGUUAAGAGACAGACAGCAUCUGUCAUGAGUUGUUGUGUAUAGGAAUAAACUGGGUUUAGAACUUAGUAAUAAGUUAGCAAUGAUAGUCAAAGUCAUUUUUAAUAUGCCGUGGGUCGUUUACAAUUCAUUCACAUUCAGACUGGCUUCUCUUACCCUAUGGAGUUAAAUUCCCACACAGAUUAAUACCUCUUUUCAACUACGAGAAGAAUCCGAUAUUGUCUAGGGGGUGAAUAUUUGUAAAUCCACCUCACGUUUCAUUGUGUGCUUUUCCAUUCAUGUUUCAUCCAAAGAUCUUUUGACAGGAAGGUCUUUUUUUUAACAUGUUCAGGUCUGAAUGUUGGGA